AUACUGUUACUUCAUUUUUUUCAAUGGCUGAGUUUACAUGAACCCAAUUUUACCUGUUUUAUUUUCCUGGCGGAGUUCACACUAAAAAAAGGUUCUUGUGGCGGAGCUUACAUGCACCCGUCUGUACGUCAUCCUUGAAACACCGCUCAACAGAUUACCAAGACGUGUACAUCCAUAAAAUUACGACACUUACUGCAGAAAAAUGUAAUAUUAUACACGUUUCGAUUGGGCAAUCGGGGACGUCUUGCGUCUCUCGAGUGAGAAAUGUUCCAAAAAGGAAGACUUCUCUUCCGAAUAUAUUAUACUUUAUGUAUACCAGAUCGAUAAUUGUGUGUGUGUGUGUGUGUGUGUGUGUGUGUGUGUGCGCGCGCGCGGUGUUAAACAUAUCGCUCAACGGCGGUGUGCACUUCAAAAUCAAUAUUAACGAGAGAAUCAUUUGACUGACAGACUGUAAUAAUAUAUUAAUAUUCCAUUUUAUAACCGUACUCGUACCACAGUGUACGUAUAUUAUUAUAAUAAUACGUUUAGCGCUGACCACACCCGUUCGUUUACAGUGUGCGUCGUUAGCAAGACGUCUAGUCUCCGUUUCGAAUAGAAAACGAAUUUUUAAUAGGUAACGGUGUACGAUUAUUAAUGUACAAUAUUAUUAUUACGUCGCGCAUUGUUCGGAAAUUAAAAAAUGUCAUUAAAUAUCGAACUGCAUAAUUUCAUACGUGUACAAACGUUUUCACGUAAUUAAAAAUAUUGACGAUGAAUAAUAGUGUAGCAGACAGAAGUUGUACUGCAGUAGUGUAUGUAUAUCAGUGCACCACUACACCAGUUGAAGUCACGUGCGGUAAAACGUUUUGCGUUUUAAAUAAAUCAAGAAUUUCAUUUUUAUUCUAUUUACGUAGGUAUUAAUUAUUAUAAAUCUGUUUACGAUUCGUACGUCUCGAUUACCUCUGCGAAAAAAUAUAUAAUUCUCGACGAUAGUCAUUAUUAUAAAUUAUUCUUACGAAAUGUUGUCGAUUGAAAAACAAACGAUAGCCAAAUGAAUGACGACGGGGCUUAUGGCCUGUGGUAAUUCAAUACACGAUAAUGUCAACGAUUACGUUAGUUUUAAUUCUCUCGUUGAAAACUACCAACUAAACACACUCGGUGUGUGAGUUUUUCCCAGAGUACAUAUUGUAAUAGAUAGAGUGGUAGGGUUUGGUCCGUCGCGAUUCGCCGCCCGUGGAUAUUAUAUUAUUAUUAAAUUAAUUUUUUAAUAAUAAUAUUAUACUUUUAUUGCGUAACGAUUAUUUUUUAUCAUAAUUUUGCAUUAAUGUGAGUGUGAGUGAGAGACCGACCAGACCGAUGACCUACAACCGUUCCGAGAGGAAUCGAAACAGGACAACUACACUGCGGACGAUAAAAAUCGCUGUGUCGUCUACAUCACGGUGUGUGUGGUGCGAGUUUUAUUUUACGACGUUAAUAAUAAAACGCCGAAUCGACGAUAUACCGAAACCUCGACCAGGAGGUUGUCGUGUCGUGGUCGUAUUCGAGAACCAGAGGUGUAUAUCAUGCAAUUGUUGAACAUCAGUAACAUAUUAUGUUAUACCAAUAUCAGCGGCUACGGCAGUCGUCUAUGAAUGGCAAUGGGAUAUUUUGCCGCCGUCUGGACUUCAGCACAUUCAACCGGCUGCCACGGCACAUGCUCAACUCCUAUCACGUAAAGAUCGAAGACGAAGGGAAUCACGGAAACGACGAGACCAGAUCGUUCAUUUUGUCGUCGUUGGCCGCUCAAAACCAAUCGCGAGUCAACUGCGUCCUGUGCUCGGACGUCAUGUUGGUGUUCGACCGAUAUCCGCUGGUGGACGGUACAUUCUUCCUCAGCCCCAAGCAAUAUAACAAAAACGCCGUCGAGGUGAAAAACGAAGGACGAGCUCUGUUCCUGAACGCCGUCUGCAUGAAAUGUCUGGACGGAAAAGACGCUGACCGGAAGCUGUGUUGCCGAUUCUGCGCCACCCAGUGGGACGGUUCGUCACUCAUUAUGGGCACCAUGUACGCGUAUGACGUGUUCGCCGCUAUGCCGUGUUGCAACGAACGACUCAAGUGCAAUGGCUGUCAGAAAGCAUUGAUGUUGUCGCACCAACGACUGAACUUCUACAGCGAUUAUAGCCGCAAAGUCACCUGCCCGCACUGCACUUCCGUCGACUAUCACUUUGUCAAGCCGCUCGCGGUGUACUACACCCGGCAGUGGCCAUAACAUACGGCCACGGUCCCGGCCACAAUGGUCGGGGCCGGUGGCCGCCUACCGGCAGCCACCACCGUCGCCGCACCAGCGGUGAUUUGCUCCUCGUCGGCAGUCGCCGUCACCCCGCCGGCCGUGCUCCAACAGCAACAAAAUCAUCAGCACCUGCAACAGAUGCAACAACAACAGCAACAGCACGCGCCGCCCGAUUACACUUCGGUGGCCAUCGAAAAGCUGCUCCAUUCCAUAUGGGACACCAAAGUCAACGACAUCAUGGCGGCCAUCAACCACUUGGGUUUGGUCUGAACUAUAUUUAAAUGCAGUCGAGUGUAUAAAAAAACCGAAACGGCUUUUUCAUCUUUUCAAAAAACAAAAAAAA